AUGUCACUCAAGGAUGAACCAUUUGCGAUCCAUUUGAGAUUUGGUGCAGAUAUAUUUCAACCAGGUUUUUAUAUUAAAAAUCCAUCAAUAUCAAUAGAGGAUUCGAAACCAACAUCUCGUCAUAAAUUCUAUAGUUUUAAUGCAACAGGAGGUGAACCAAUAGAACCAGAAGAUGAAAAGAAAUUAAAUGUUUUAAUUCCAAUUCUAUGUUCAAUAAUUGGUUUUUCAUUAAUAGUAUUAGCAAUCAUUUUAAUCAUAAUAAUUAAAAGAAGAAAUUAUAAGAAAUUCAAUGAUCCUAAUAAAAUUGAAAUGGAAAAAGAUAAUGAAUCUGAAAUCUCAGAAAAACAAUAA